AUGAAUGCGGUGUUUUCAUCAACGGUCCUUUUUAUCUAUCUGAUGUCGGUGAUGAUAGCCCUGCUGGUAAGAUGUUCAAAAGGUGCGACAAAAACGAAGUCUGCAAGCGAAGCAUCCAAGCAAGAGCCAAAGAGUGUUAAAAGUUCCCUUAAACCCGUUGAUCCCACCAAGUCCUCAUCGAGUACGUCAACGAGCAGUAAAAGAAGCACUUACUCAAAACUAUCAAAAAAGCCGGCAUUCUCUGGGUUCAAGAUACAGCAAGAUGAAAAGGAAGAGGACAUCAAGACCGAUCUCCGUUCUUUGGAAGAAGAGCAGAACCCGUUCAAGGAACAUGGGAAGAGAAAGAAAGGCGAAAGCAAGGCUUCAGGGAAGAAAACAAUUGAAAAGACCAAAAGUGUUCACAGAACCGUUGACAAGACUGUAAAAACGACCAAAACAGAAGAGACUGUCGAUCCAGGUGUAGAGCAAAUCUUUCAGGCUCCAACCGAGGGCUUACUUCUACGCUCGCAGUACAUAGGGCCAUCGCAACCGGCUAAACCCAGGUUACCAAGCAAGGCGAAAUGA